GCGGCGCCGGAGGGCCGCGGGAGCAGGUGUUCUCUUUUUGGAUUCCUAUGUCCUAUUGCGAGGAGGAUUUCUUCAAAGAGUACCUCAAGAUGAUGGCGAAUAUUAUCAUCCCGAACGCGCUCAUUUGCAUUUCUCUGGUGUUCUGGAUCGUGUCCAUGACCGCAAGUACGUACUACGGUACUUUAAGACCUAUUUCUCCAUGGCGCUGGCUUUUUUCAAUCUUGGUUCCACUAACAAUUGCUACACAGGGUUUUAAGAAGAGUCUUGAUCACAGUGGUGCAUUGGGAGGAUUGUUGGUUGGAUUUAUCCUUACAGUUGCAAAUUACAGUUUCUUCACCUCUUUGUUUGUAUUUUUUAUUACUUCUUCAAAACUUACUAAAUGGAAAAAAGAUAUAAAGAAGCAAAUAGAUUCAGAAUACAAAGAAGGUGGACAGAGGAACUGGUUGCAAGUAUUGUGUAAUGGUGGUGUUCCUACUGAGCUGGCUCUCUUAUAUAUGAUAGAAAAUGGACGGGGUGAAAUUCCUAUAGACUUUUCAAAGCAAUACACAGCAUCAUGGAUGUGCUUAUCCCUUUUGGGAGCUUUGGCAUGCUCUGCUGGUGAUACAUGGGCUUCAGAGAUUGGUAGUGUUAUGAGUAAAAGCAAGCCAAGGUUGAUAACAACCUGGGAAAAGGUUCCAGUGGGUACUAAUGGAGCAAUUACUUUUGUGGGCCUGCUGUCAAGUUUGCUUGGCGGCAUGGUAGUAGGUAUAGCCUACUUCAUCGCACAACUCAUUUUCAGGGUGAGUUUUGGAAAGCAUUACAUAGUUCUGAUGUGGAAGGAAAUUGUAGCUCUUGAUUCCACCCAGAGAUAA